AUGAAUGCGAUGGGUAACGAUUACAUACGUGAGGUCAACGUUGUUAAGUCUGCCCGUGUUGGCUAUUCAAAAAUGUUGCUGGGUGUUUAUGCGUAUUUUAUUCAGCACAAGCAGCGAAAUUCCCUUAUCUGGCUGCCUACUGAUGGUGACGCCGAAAACUUUAUGAAGUCGCAUGUUGAGCCGACGAUUCGCGAUAUUCCGUCACUUCUGGCGCUGGCCCCCUGGUAUGGAAAAAAGCACCGGGACAAUACGCUCAGUAUGAAACGCUUCUCCAACGGUCGCGGGUUCUGGUGUCUGGGUGGUAAAGCGGCGAAAAACUAUCGUGAGAAAUCGGUCGAUGUCGCCGGUUACGAUGAACUGGCGGCAUUCGAUGAAGAUAUUGAGAAAGAGGGAUCCCCGACGUUCCUGGGUGAUAAACGUAUUGAGGGGUCUGUCUGGCCCAAAUCUAUUCGCGGCUCAACGCCAAAAACAAAGGGGACCUGCCAGAUUGAGCGUGCUGCCAGCGAGUCCGGGCAUUUCAUGCGUUUUCAUGUUGCCUGUCCGCACUGUGGUGAAGAGCAGUACCUUAAAUUCGGCGACAAAGAGACCCCGUUCGGGCUGAAAUGGACACCGGGCGAACCCUCCAGCGUCUUUUACCUGUGUGAACAUAAUGCCUGCGUCAUUAAGCAGCAGGAGCUGGAUUUCACUGAAGCUCGUUACAUCUGCGACACCACCGGGAUCUGGACGCGCGACGGUUUAUCCUGGUUUUCAUCAACAGGCACCGAAAUCGACCCGCCAGACAGCGUGACGUUUCACAUCUGGACGGCAUACAGCCCGUUUACCACCUGGGUUCAGAUCGUUAAAGACUGGCUAAAAACGAAAGGGGAUACAGGAAAGCGUAAAACCUUCGUGAACACCACUCUGGGCGAAACAUGGGAGCCUAAAAUUGGUGAACGGCCUGACGCGGAGCUCAUGGCCGAACGCAAAGAGUUCUUCGGGGCAUCCGUACCGGAGCGUGUUGCUUAUCUGACAGCCGGGAUCGACUCCCAACUGGAUCGAUAUGAAAUGCGCGUCUGGGGAUGGGGGCCCGGUGAGGAAAGCUGGCUGAUUGACCGGCAGAUCAUUAUGGGCCGUCAUGAUGAUGAAGCGACCCUCGUCAGGGUGGACGAGGCGAUUAACAAAACCUAUCUCCGAAAGAAUGGCGUGGAAAUGUCGGUAUCCCGUAUCUGCUGGGAUAUCGGCGGUAUUGACCCCACCAUCGUCUACAACCGCUCAAAAAAACACGGUCUGUUUCGUGUGAUCCCUAUAAAGGGGGCGUCGGUUUAUGGAAAGCCGGUGGCGAACAUGCCACGCAAGCGUAACAAGAAUGGUGUUUACCUCACAGAGGUAGGAACAGACACCGCAAAAGAGCAGAUUUAUAACCGUUUCACGCUGGUGGCGCAAAGAGACGAGCCGCUGGCGGGAGCGGUUCAUUUCCCGAAUAACCCAGAAAUCUACGAUCUAACAGAGGCCCAACAACUAACAGCUGAAGAGCAGGUGGAAAAAUGGGUAGACGGAAAGAAAAAGAUCGUCUGGGACAGCAAAAAACGACGAAAUGAGGCGCUCGAUUGCUUUGUUUAUGCACUGGCGGCGCUGCGUAUAAGCAUAUCCCGCUGGCAGCUUAACCUUGAUUCACUUCUUGCCAGCCUGCUGGAGGAAGAAGGCACCCGUAACAAUAACAAGACCCUGGCGGAUUACGCGCGGGCAUUGUCUGGAGAGGAAUAA